CUGCGGUCUACUGGUCCAUCGAAGUGAAACUCCAUUUUUACCACGUGAGGUCAUCUACUCGCCAUUUUUGUAAUGUCUAGUGUAGUUUCGUGGUUAGCGACUUGUAAUUUUGGUGGAGUGUCCCUAGAAGAUUAUCCCCUGGUCAUGCUCGGCAAUAAUUUGAUUGCGUACGUCGAAGUGGGUCUUUGAUUAGUUGAGUCCACUAAACUUUGACUCUUACUCGUUUAAGAAACAACUAGUUACUUGUUACGCGACUCUUUCAAAGUUUAACAUUAACCCGGCUUGUAUCAGACAAAAUGCGUCGUGCUAUGCAGUACAUGAUGACCCCUGCUCCGGGUCAGGGGAACAUGGCCCCGACCCGGAGCACAAGCAACGGAACUGGCGGUGGCGCAUACGGGGAAGACGUGCAACAACAACAACAAAAGCUCACCAAAGAGGAAGCCGCAGCAAAGCGCGUAGCAGCGAAACAAAAGAAACGAGAGUAUAAGGAGAAGCAGAAGGCAGAGAUGAGCAAGAAAGCGGAAACGAGUUUGCCGGAAGAUGGAGGAUACGUGGAUUUGGCAGCAAGACGUACUGUUAUUUUCCACAUGUUAUUUUCCACCAAGUCCUCAGAAAUUGAUAUAUUAAUCUUCAAAUUAUAUUAGCAUCUUCCUCACCCCAACAUUUUCCAAGUCAGAAAUUGAUAUGUUAAUCUUCAAAUUAUAGCAUCUUCAGUUCUCUAGUCUAGUUAGGUCGGCUCCACCACAAUUAUAGCAUCUUCACCCCAACAUUUCUCCUUGUUCAGGUCGUGCACACGAGGGUGAACUGAAUGAAGAGGUGGAAAGGUUUAAGAAGCUGUCUGCGGAUCAAUCCAAGUAUUACGGAGGUCAAGAGCACACGCAUUUUGUCAAAGGUUUGGAUGAAAUGCUUUUGCAGGACGCUAGGAAAAAAAUGGACCGAGAACGAGAGAAGGCUCCGAAGGAAGGAUCCUCGAUGAAAGAGCAGUAUCCAUAUUUUUUUCUUUUGGAUUAAUUAUGGUCUUUGGGAUAAGCAAGUAAAUUCCUCCUAUGAACUUAUGUGAUUUAGGAAUAGUCAGGUUGGAUUGAGAGGUGGCAUGGCUUGCUAGUUCAGCUUAAGCGGUCACUGAGUAACUGCUUAAGCGAGGCGUCUUAAGUGGUGGAAGUCACCACUUAUGCGAGGCGUCUUAAGUGGUGGAAGUCACCACUUAUGCGACACGGCGGCGUGCGCCUUAAGUGCUUCAAAGCUGGGCCCCUUAAGUGUUACGCCGCUCAGAGGCCCUUAAGUGCUUCUCCCCUCGGCAUGGCGGGCCCCUUAAGUGCUUCGGGCCUGGUCCCUUAUUUGCCUCAAGCGGCGGGUCCCUUAUUUGCCUCAAGCGGCGGGUCCCUUAUGUGCCUCAAGCGGCGGGUCCCUUAUGUGCCUAAAGCGGCGGGUCCCUUAUGUGCCUCAAGCGGCGGGUCCCUUAUGUGCCUCACGCGGCGGGUCUCUUGAGUGCGUCGAGCGGCGGGUCCCUUAGGUGCCUCAAGCGGCGGGUCUCUUAAGUACCUCAAGCGGCGGGUCUCUUGAGUGCGUCGAGCGGCGGGUCCCUUAGGUGCCUCAAGCGGCGGGUCUCUCGAGUGCGUCGAGCGGCGUGUCCCUUAGCUGCCUCAAGCGGCGGGUCUCUUAAGUACCUCAAGCGGCGGGUCUCUUUCUAGGCAAAGUGCCUCAUUCAACUACAUCUACUCUUACUCAAGAAAUGACAUUUUCUCCUCAACUUUUUAAUAGGAUCGUUCGAGACCGCACAGAGAAACAGCAAGUGGUGAAAAGCGCUUUAGCCCAACGAGUCGAGAGUGCGGUUAUCAAAUCCCUUCACCCCGAUCAGAUCGGUUUUCGACAAAAUCUGAAUGCCAUGCACUCCCGCUUAUACAAGGGAGACCGCGUAAAGUCUGGUCCAGUAGCUUUUCUACCCAUGCGGACGUUCUAUACUUUUCCCACCGACUUGUGGGACCUGGAGGAGAAGCCCGUAUACGGUACCAGAUCGAAAGACGAGUGCCCACCUUUAGAUGAACGACGGAAAUGCGAAUACAUAGAAAGGAGACUGUUGACGCAUUUACGAGACACCAUGGCGGAAGUGAGACAGACUAGAAAACAGCGACGUGCGGAUCCACAAGCGUUCUUAGCGGCGAACCCUGGUGCAAGAUACAACCCUAAUGGGGCUUCUUCUUCUUCAAGCUCAUCGAAAGCAGGUCAUUAUUCUGGUGCAGGAUCAGCCAGUAUAGCAUCUGGAACGAGAACUAGUACGAAGCAAGUAGUUGCAAAAGGGGAUGAUAUUUUCGGAGACACCAUGAGCUUUGACGCAGUACUACAGAAGAACGCGAAGAAGAUGGCCGCUGCUGCUCCGGGAGCGAAAAUAGGGUCCACAAGAGGCAUAAAGAUCGGCAGUACAGCACAUAGCCAAGCCUUGCAGAGACGGCGAGCGAGGUCUGAUAACUCUUCAUCGUCUUCGUCGUCUAGUAGUAGUGAGGAAGACGACUUGUUUCCGAAGAACAAAACUGGUAAUCAGAAAUCUUCAAAUGGUACUUCUUCUAAAGCUAAGAAAGGAAACUUCUUUGAUCAAUUGGACAAUGACGAGCGUGGCGGCAGCAACAUCUUCGAGUCAGCUGACGACGACUUCAUCGCUACUAGUUCCUGGCGAGGCGCAAAGCGAGGAUGGGUAUUCACAACGAGAGAACGCGGCACGGGUUAUUACUACGACUACGCUGCCAAGGACACGAUAGGCGGGCUGGCAGAGCAACUGCAGCAAAGACGACUCGACGCCAAAGCGCGAUUAGCUGCGCGCGGCGACGUCUUCGGCACUAGUGGCGACGCUUACGAAGACUUGUCUGCUGCCGGAAUAAAAUAUAAGCACACCAAAGAAUCCAUGGCCCAAAUGCAACAGGCUGAAGACGAAUUCGAAAAACUGACCAAAAAGAAACAACUGAAGUUGCAAAAGCGUGCGGAAGCAGAGACAACGGAUGGAGCCAAAUUCUUUGGAGGGAGGAACAACGAGCCAGGCAGUGGGAACGACAGAAAAUUCAAGACAGUGGACCAAGAACUGAAAUUACUACAGAAGAUGAAAGAAAAAGGGAAUGUGAGGCGAUUCGAUGAUAUGGAAAAUACGGGAGGUGGCUCAUCAUCGUCGAAAAGACCGAAACUCUUCUAGUAGUGUGGAGCUUCAGCCAUCUUCUUGGAACGUCGAGCAUUUCACCUGAGCCAUCUUCUUGUCAUAACUACAACACGACCCUAUCCCAAUCCAUGGGGAACCCCCGAUUGAUGUUAGAAGAAACCCUAGUAGUACAACGAACGAUGACCACUCCUAUUGAUUUCCCCUCCUUCCACUUACGCUAUUCGCAGUUGUUGUGAUCAUCUCUAGAAGAAAAAGAUUGCAAAUAUUGUUGUGGCGGAACGGAAUAUAUUCG